AUGGGCACCUGUUAAUCCGAUAAUCCUUAUUAAAACGAAAGUUAACCAUAAUCAGAGGAGGAACAUGUUGAAACUGAGCAAAUGCAAUAUGUGGUUUUAGCAAGUUGGAAACAUGAUUAGUAGAAUGGAUCUAAUAAACCAAAUCACAUAGUCUUUGGAAAACAAAAUGGGGAUUAUUUAUAAAGCCAUAAUUAAUUUUAGAUGAAUUAGGGUUCAGUUUAACAUUCAAGAAUCGCUGCUUCAUCGAAUUAACCCAAUGUUCCCAACAUAUCAAAUAUUACAUCGAAACCUUUCAAUCAAAUUGAAUAAAAAUAGAGAUUUUCAGCAUUCAGUGGAUACUCGUAAACUGAUAGAACUGCUGGAUUAGUGAAAGAUCAAGAUAUUUAAAGAAGACCCAUCAAUAUAGCUAAAAGGAACAUAUUUUGA